AUGGCUGACACGCCAGAUGUACGCACCUUGUACGAAGAGCAAAGAGUCGAUGACGUCGAAUCUCAGCUUAGCCGCGAAAACGCCCACCACGUCGAUGUAUCUUCUGCCGAGCGUCAGUUUAACGAGCUAUCCCGUCAACUCAGCAUCAAAAAAUCAUCAACCACCACCGCCAGUGUAGAGACAGCUCAAGGUAAAGAUGUGGAAAAAGGCGCUGAAGAAGAGGAUAACUUUGAUCUCCGGGAAUACCUUUCUUCGUCGAAUGAUGCCAAUCAACAAGCUGGAAUCCACCACAAGCGCGUCGGUGUCACUUGGGAAGAUUUACAGGUAGAUGUUAUCGGAGGUGAUGACAGCAAAUUCUUCAUCAGGACCUUUGCCAAUGCCCUGCUUGGUUUCGUUCUCAGUCCCAUCACCUUGAUCUGGAGUUUUAUUACCCCUCUGCUUCCCAAGAAAAAUUUGCCAACAAAGUCAAUUCUUCACAAAUCUUCCGGUGUACUUAAACCCGGUGAAAUGUGUCUCGUUCUCGGAUGUCCUGGUGCCGGAUGCACUUCCUUCCUGAAAGUCAUUGCCAAUCAACGCGAAGAAUACGCCAACGUUAGUGGGCAAGUUCUCUACGCCGGUAUGGACGCAGCAGAAAUGGCCAAAUAUUACAAGGGUGAAGUAGUGUUCAACGAAGAAGAUGAUCGGCACAUUGCAACUCUUACUGUCGAACAAACUUUAAAGUUUGCAUUGUCCACCAAAACUCCCGGUCCUAAGGGUCGUCUGCCAGGUGUCUCUCGCAAGGAGUUUGAUCAGGAGGUUUUGAACACCCUGUUACGCAUGCUUAACAUAUCCCACACCCGCCGUACGCUCGUUGGCGAUGAGUUCGUUCGGGGUGUUUCUGGAGGAGAGCGUAAACGUGUUUCUAUCGCAGAGAUGAUGACUACUCGUGCUCGUGUUCAGUCUUGGGACAAUUCCACUCGUGGUUUGGACGCAUCAACUGCUCUCGAUUUUGUGAAAAGCUUGCGGGUAAUGACUGAUGUGCUCGGUCAAACGACUUUUGUCACUCUAUAUCAAGCUGGAGAGGGUAUCUACGACUUAUUCGACAAGGUGAUGGUACUCAGUGACGGCCGGCAAGUGUACUAUGGUCCUCCCUCUGAAGCGCGUGCAUAUUUCGAAGGCCUGGGAUACAAGGCUCUUCCUCGUCAAAGCACCGCCGAUUACCUCACUGGAUGCACUGACAUCAAUGAACGCCAAUUUGCUCCUGGUCGGUCCGCUGCCAAUGUCCCUUCUUCUCCUGCCGCUUUAGAAGGCGCUUUCUUGCGUUCAAAAUACUCUCAAGACAACAAAGUUGCUCUCGAAAAGUACAAACUGACUAUGGCCACCGAUAAAGCUGAUCAGGAAGCAUUCCGCGCUUCUGUUGCUGCUGACAAGAAGAAGGGUGUGUCCAAGAAGAGUCCCUACACUCUCGGAUUCACUGCUCAGGUUCGCGCUUUGGUUGUUCGUCAAUUCCAGCAAAGACUGCAGGAUAGGUUCCAGUUGUAUACUAGUUUCACGCUUAGUACUGUUCUCGCUAUUGUCCUUGGAGGGGCCUUCUUCGCGUUGCCGACUACCUCUGCCGGUGCCUUCACUCGUGGAGGUCUCCUUUUCGCCGCACUUUUGACAACAUGUCUCGACGCAUUCAUGGAAAUGCCCACACAGAUGGUUGGUCGUCCGAUCCUUCGCAAACAGACUAGUUACAGCAUGUACCGGCCUUCAGCCAUUGCUAUCGCCAACACGUUGGCCGAUAUGCCUUUCUCCGCUGCUCGAGUACUAUUAUUCAACAUCUGCGUCUACUUCAUGUCAAAUCUCAAUCGAUCGGCUGGUGGAUUCUUCACCUUCCACAUCUUCAAUUACAUUGCAUUUUUGACGAUGCAAGGAUUCUUCCGUACUUUCGGUCAAUUGUGCACAAACUUUGAUUCUGCAUUCCGUCUGGCGACCUUCUUCAUUCCUAACUUCAUCGAGUACACUGGAUAUAUCCUACCCGUCAACAGCAUGAAGCGCUGGUUGUUCUGGAUAUACUACUUGAACCCGAUUGCUUAUGCCUGGCAAGGAAUCAUGGAAAAUGAGUUCAGACGCAUCGAUUUGACGUGUGAUGGAGCUUACAUCGUUCCCCGCAAUGGCGGUGAUGUAACCAAGUAUCCUGAUGGACUUGGUCCCAACCAGAUCUGUACGCUUUUCGGUGCAUCCUCCGGGUCCACUGCGGUCACUGGCCACCAAUACAUCUUCGCGGGUUACGAUCUCGACACCACCGAUCUUUGGCGACGUUGUUUUUUGGUUCUAGUGGGCAUGUUCUUCUUUUUCCAGCUCACUCAGGUCAUUGCUUUGGAAUUCUUCCCGCAAUACGUUGUCAAUGUUGGAUUCAAAAUCUUUGCCAAGGAAGAUUCGGAGACCAAGAAGCUCAAUGAAGCUCAACGCGCAAAGAGGGCUGCUCGCCUUGAGAACGCUCAUGCUGAUGAGAAGCUUUUGCAUGAGGCUGAGAAGGUCGAAAACUCAAAAAUGAUCGCGGAACGUCCGUACAGGAAAACGUUCACCUGGGAAAGACUCAACUAUACUGUUCCUGUUCCCGGCGGCACCAGGCGCUUGCUACACGAUGUUUACGGAUAUGUCAAACCGGGGACUUUGACCGCCCUGAUGGGUGCUAGUGGUGCAGGUAAAACCACCUGUCUUGAUGUUUUGGCCCAGCGCAAGAACAUUGGUGUCAUUGCUGGUGAUGUUCUCGUUGAUGGGCGUCCUUUGACUUCUGACUUUGCUCGAGGCACUGCUUACGCUGAACAGAUGGAUGUUCACGAAGGAACAGCGACUGUUCGCGAAGCAAUGCGAUUCUCUGCCUAUCUUCGUCAACCAGCAGAAGUGUCCAUUGAAGAGAAGAAUGCCUAUGUCGAGGAAAUCAUCGAGUUGCUCGAAUUGCAAGAUCUCUCAGAAGCGGUAGUUUACUGCCUUGGGGUCGAAGCAAGGAAAAGAUUGACCAUCGGUGUCGAGCUUGCCAGCAAACCAGAGUUAUUACUGUUCCUCGACGAGCCUACCUCUGGUCUUGACGCUCAAAGCGCUUGGAAUCUGGUUCGUUUCCUGCGAAAACUCGCCGACCAGGGUCAGGCCAUUCUGUGUACUAUCCACCAACCUUCGUCUCUUCUCUUCGAAAGUUUCGACCGUUUGCUCCUCCUGGAACGUGGGGGCGAAACCGUGUACUUUGGCGAUAUCGGCUCCGAUUCCCACAUAAUUCGAGAGUACUUUGCUAGCCAUGGCGCUGUUUGUCCUUCAAAUAUGAACCCGGCUGAGUAUAUGCUUGAAGCGAUCGGCGCUGGUGUUUCUCCUCGCGUUGGUGAUCGUGAUUGGAAGGAUGUUUGGCUGGAUUCGCCUGAAUGUGCUAAGGUCCAAGAAGAAAUCGAGGCAAUCAAAAAACGAGGCUUGGCCAGACCCGAACCUGAUCGCAAAGCGAUGAGCACCUAUGCUACUUCCUUCUUGUAUCAACUCAAGCUUGUCGUCAGCAGAAAUAACCGGGCUCUUUGGCGAUCUCCUGACUAUAUCUUCACUCGGCUCUUUGUUUGCAGCUUCAUAUCCCUCUGGAUCUCUCUCUCGUUCCUGCAACUUGGGAAUGGGCUGCGAGACUUGCAAUUCCGAGUCUUUGCUAUCUUUUGGGUUGCUGUUCUCCCCGCCAUCGUCAUGUCUCAGAUCGAACCCAUGUUCAUUAUGAACAGACGUACCUUCAUUAGAGAAUCCUCGAGUCGUAUCUAUUCGCCAUAUGCUUUCGCUAUAGGUCAACUUCUUGGUGAAAUUCCUUACAACGUUCUUUGCGCGAUAGUUUACUGGGUUCUGAUGGUCUAUCCGAUUGGUUUCGGACAAGGUUCUGCUGGUCUGAAUGGUACGGGCUUCCAACUUUGGGUCAUAAUAUGCAUGAUGCUGUUCGGUGUAUCGCUCGGACAACUCAUUGCAGCGAUCUCGCCAAGUGUCCAAGUUGCAGUGUUGUUCAAUCCUUUUAUUGGUCUAGUCCUCACCACUUUCUGUGGUGUGACCAUUCCUUAUCCAACAAUGAACUCGUUCUGGCGGAGUUGGCUCUAUCAACUGGUUCCGUACACUCGUACGCUUGCCGCUAUGCUCUCCACUGAAUUACAUGGCCUUGUCAUCACUUGUAAGAGUGACGAGUUCAAUGUUUUUGACCCACCCUCUGGCCAGACUUGUGGCGAGUGGGCCGACGAUUUUGUGAAUGCGUUCGGGGGUUAUCUCAAUAACCGCAAUGCGACCUCUUCUUGCCAGUAUUGCCAAUAUCAAUAUGGUGACCAAUUCUACACUCCAUUGAACAUCAGUUACGACAAUCGGUGGAGAGAUGUGUUUAUUAUCUUCGCGUUCUUUGUUUUCAAUGUUAUAGUGACAAUUAUUGCUUCACGUUUCCUCCGGUACGCCAAGCGGUAA